CCACAACUCCCUUUUUUUGAAAUAUCAUGCUCGGAUCAGGCUCAAAGUACGCUGAAUAAGCUACGCACAUUGAGCCGAGCGAGUAAUAUAAUGAGUCAGCCGUAAACGAGAUCCCAAGGCGCCAUCGCCAAUCAAGGCAGGAAUCGGACGAUACCAUAUCAGAUUUUUUGUUACUGCAAAAUGAUGUAUCCUUACGUCCUGCUUUUCGCUUUGUUAUCGUUGGCGGCGGUCGAAGGGGCCACCCUUCUUCCAGGCAAGCCGAAUAGGGGCCCCCCGCCGCCCUCCCCAGACGUCGCACCGGGGGAAACCAUUGACCUCGAGGGCCAGCUCACUUUGGUUAAUACCCACGACGGCCGGGAACGAUAUGCUUUGAUGGAUUAUAACGGAGUGUUGACCCCCUUCAGCGCGGAUUUCGUGUUACCGGCGGCCGACAAGGAUAACAAUCGCAUAGAAACCGGUGCAGUUGUCGGAAUGCAAUGUGUGGUCGGGCCGCCCAAGUACUGCGGCUGUGGAGAUGUAGGCGCUAACUGCACGUGCCCAGACGACGCGAGCACAACGGCGUGCGUGUCCGCGCCCCAAGCUGCAAUCAGCCUGUUGAUGUCGGCGUCUCAAGCCUUGGCUUUCGGUCCAUCGUCAACUGGCAGCCAGCAGAAGUUGCUGGUCAUGAUCUUGGAUUACAGUGCUUGUGGCUUAGCACCAUCGCUAACGGAAAGUCAGGUCCGCAAGAUCUUCCUCGGUCCGGACGAGGACGGUCUUGGCGGUGUCGCGAAAAAGUACUCCCAGUGCUCGUACUACAAGUUUGGCCUGAACGUAACUGCCUUCACAGCGGUUCGCAUCAGCCUCAACUGCUCUUCGACCGUUAUCGACUCCUGCAGUUGGUGGACCAUUUCCCAACGAGCCGAUGACGCGGCUAAGUUGAAGCUCGGUCUCACGGCCUUUGCCACCUUCACACACUUCACAUACGUACUGCCCCCGGGUUUGCAACGUUCAUGCCCCUGGGCGGGCCUGGCGUUAUUACCUGGUCGUCAAACGUGGCUGCAGAGCAGCAGCUAUGGAAUACAACGCUGGGCGACUGUGAUGCAAGAGGCCAUCCAUAACUACGGUCUCUGGCACUCCUGGCGCAACGGCUGGGAGUACGAGGAUUACUCGACAGCCAUGGGCCGCGGUGAUGCCUGCCCCAAUGCUGCGGAGACCUCCCGCCUGGGCUGGGCCACACCCGCGGACGGAGGUGACGCCAUUAACUCCGGCGUCUUGGCGGAUGUCGGCACGGUCCGCAGCUGGCCUCUGCCGGCCACCUACCUCACCGGCGAGGGGAACUACCUGCGUGUGCUGCCUGACUGGCUGCCCACCGAUACCGGGGCUAAGAACCUGUACAUUGAUCUCCGCGUCAACAAGGAGGGAGAUGCCGCGCUUGGCAGUGACUACGCCAACAAAGUCCACGUCCACGAGGUCAAUGCAACUAUGGACAACGGCUACCCAAGUUCUUACACCUACAGUGACCGUCGCAUCGAGUUCAUUGGCGGCGUUGAUCCCUCCUCCCGCGCCGUGUACUCCGCCUACAAACUCGUCAUCUACGCGAGUCCUAUAUCUGCUAGUGACACCAUCAUGGUUUACCUGUGCCGGUACGACACCGUAGACGGCCAAUGCCCCUCCCUGGAUGACGCGUUGGGGGCGUCGUCCUCACCGCCGUCCAGCCCGCAGACGCCGUCCAGCCCGCAGCCUCCGCCUCCCAAGUCACCGCCCCCCAAGCCACCGCCACCAACGAAACCACCGCCCAAGUCGCCCCCACCCUCCAGGAUGCCACCUCCCUGGAGGUCUCCGCCGCCUCCCCGGACGUCUCCACCGCCUCCCUGGAGGUCUCCGCCGCAUCGCAGGCGGCAGCCGCCGCCACGCAAGGUGAGUGCUUGCAUGCUUCGGCUUGACGACCAGCUUCAGGGAGUCCGGUAA